AAGUCCAACGACAAGUCGAAUAUAUAUGAGAGUUUGCCAAAGUGCUAAAACCCAAAUUCUCAUUUCUUGUUUUGCUUGCUCUCUUAUUCUCUCCGAUGGAGUGGACUAGAGGGCCUAUAAUCGGCCGUGGCUCCACAGCCACGGUCUCACUAGCAACCUCCACUGCCUCAUCCGGCAAGCUCUUUGCUCUUAAGUCGUCGGAGCUAUCAAAAUCUAUGUUACUCCAAAAAGAGCAGUGUUUUCUGUCAAAAUUAAACUCCCCUUAUGUAGUCAAGUACAUAGGCUGUGAUAUUUCGAGAGAAAACGACAAGCCUAUGUACAAUAUCUGCAUGGAGUAUGUCUCCGGCGGCACACUCCACGAGGUGAUUUUGAGAAACGGAGGCAAGCUGGAAGAAGCCAUGAUAAGAUUACACACAAGAAAUAUCUUACAGGGCUUGGAGUAUUUGCAUGGAAUAGGACUAGCACAUUGCGACAUUAAAAGCCACAAUAUAUUAGUCAGUAAAGAAGGAUUGGCAAAAAUUGCUGACUUUGGUUGUGCAAGAUUUAUCAAAGAAAUAGAUAGUGGCAAGUCAGCAUUUGCCGGUACACCGGCGUUCAUGGCACCGGAAGUGGCUCGUGGAGAAGAACAAGGCUUUGAAGCUGAUGUUUGGUCUGUGGGUUGUACAAUUAUAGAAAUGGCUACAGGAAGAAUUCCAUGGAUGACGUUAGAUCAAGAAAAUGACGACGUAAUAUCAGUUCUAUACAAGAUUGGAUUUUCUAGCGAUUUGCCUGAGAUUCCUGAGUGGUUGUCAGAAAAAACUAAAGAUUUCUUGAGCAAGUGUUUAAGGAGAGAUCCUAAAGAGCGGUGGACGGUUAAAGAAUUACUUGAUCAUCCAUUUCUUGAUGAAUUGGAGAUAAAGAAGUUUGAAGAUCACUUAACUAGUAGUACUUCUUCUCCAAGUUGUGUAUUAGAUCAAGAUUUUUGGGAUUCAAUGGAAGUAUUGGAAGGUCCUCAAGAUUUGACAUUCCAAGAUAUUUCCAACUCGAAUUCUCCUGCUAAUAGGAUCAAGAAUUUAAUCGGAUCGAUUUCGGAUUUACCCAGUUGGUCUUUCGAAGAGGAUUGGAUUACAGUUAGAAGUAGAGACAUUGAGAACAUUGAGAUGCCUUUAGUUUCAAAUACAUUCUUGAUUUCGGAUUCAAUUGUUUAUAAUCAAGAGCUUGAAAGUUCAAUUUUUUAUCAAGAUUUGUUAUUAGAUUUAGAAUUCUUUGUUAACAAUAGUAGCAACUAUAGUAAUGUUAGUACUAAUGAAGGAUAUGAUUUUGUAUUAGAAGAUCUCAAUCUUGAGAUGGAUAAUGAUAAGUCUUGCUCUCUUCAAUCUCAAUUUUUAACUUUUUAUAUUUUAUUAUUUGUUUUUAAUUCUUAUGAGUAUAUAAUUUUCUUAUUUAAUAUCGUAUAA